GCGACCUUCCAGUGCUCAAACGCCUGGCAGGAGCUCUAGAGACGUCUCCCGUUUGAAGUCAAGGCUUAAGCCUCCUACAAAUGGCAGUCCCGAGGCGUCUUUGAAGAAGUUGCUCAAGCCCCAUGUAUUGUCAGCUCGCCUCAAGAAGCUCAGCGACGAGGGCAAACUGGACGAUGCGAUAGACAUGCUCAAGAACUCGCCCUUGGACGCGCAGAAUGUUCCGGUAUGGAAUACUAUGAUAUGGGAAUGCAUGAAGGCAAGGCGCUGGGCAUUAUCUUACAAACUCUACACGGACAUGAAACGACGUGGCCAUAAACCGACGACACGGACGUACCAGACCAUGUUCUCCGGCCUCUCACGGAUAGAGCACUGGGAUUCCCAUUCCAAACAGCUCGAGCAUGCACAUUCCCUGUACAACGCUCUCCAGGCGCACGUAAAUGCUUUGAAAGCGCAUGAUUUGGCAUCUCCGGACCUUGCUGGUGGCCUCCUCGCUAUCGCAUCAUACAUAAAGAUCCUUGCAGACGCAAAAGAGUAUCAGAAGAUGUUCGACGUGUACUAUGCGUUAGACACGAAGGGGCCGUUCGCUCCCAAUCACCUUGUCUUCACCGCGAUGUUCCAGGCGAUAGCAGAACGGAAAACGGUGACGCGCAGCCCCACUGCGGAACACGAGGAGGAACGUAGGGAAGAAGGGCCUGCGAUGACCGCACCUGUGCAGAACGCCUCGGAUGCGAAGCUUCUCUGGCGACAAAUGCUUAGAGCAUCACAGUCGGAUGGCGGAUUCUCUAUAGAUGCUUAUCUCGUCACUGGUGCGCUGCGUUGCAUUGGUCAAGGACGAGCCUCGGAUCAGCAGUUCGCGCUCUCCAUCGUUCACGAAUGCCUCGGGCUAUCUAUUCGUUCCGGUGAAAAGGCUCCUCCAGCCAGAGUGGAGCUUUCAGCGCCGCUGCUUGAAGCCGUGCUCGAGCUUUGCAAUCGUAUGCGCAAGUUUAAGUUGUGCGCGGAGAUUGUACAACAGGUCAUCGAUCGGCCUCAUAAACGCGACUCGGAGCCACUCCUUGACCGCUACCACAUGGAGCAGGUGUUGCGUGCCUAUGCAUCCCUUGCAUCCAACACCAACAAGUCCCAGGCUAACGAGGCGCAUGAGACCCUGCUUUGGAUGAUCCGCCAAGAGGCAAUACGGCGCAGCGGCGCGGGUCCCAAAGACAACCAAUAUGCACUGCGUAUACAGCCUCAGCGUUCAACCUUCAACUGGGUACUCAUGGCGUGUUGGCGAUCCGCCGACUGGCAGACGGCAUGUCAAACUUGGGCUCUUAUGACGAGGCUUAAGCCUCAGGACUUCCUCCUCGAGAACCCUCGGACUGUCAGGCCGGCCCCUCGUGGUAAAGCGCGCGUGCUGGAAAUGGAUGCCGAAGGCAUGUCGUGCAUGGCUCGGACGGCCUUCGCGAGCAGAGACGAGGCCGCAAUGCGACAAUGCCUCCGCAUGGUGGAGUAUGGUGGCAUCGGUGAACUGCUCGGCAUAGGGGAGACAGGCAAAGCCCAGGCUUUGACCGAGCGGACACAGAAGGAAGGGAAACGUGUCGCGUUCUAUCAAGCCAAGCUGGCCGAGGCAUGCUUUUCGAUCAUUCAAGCCCUCCAAAGCGGCAAACGCGCGUCGCCUACAGAGGUGGAUGACCUUAGCCACUGGACGUCGCUGAAGCCAGAACUUGCCAAGAUCGCCGCGGGAAGGAGCAGCUGGCUCCCGGUGGAAGAGUUAGACGGGGACGAGGGAGCCAAUGCUGCACAGCCGACUGACUUCAAGAAGAAAUACGGCCGGCAACGGAUUCUGGAGUGGGAGCGAGGGGCGCGGCACGCCUAAGAUACGUAGACUCUGCAACAGCAUCUACUCAAUUAAUAUCGUACUACUGGAUGGAUCGCAAGCCAUGCUCAUAAUACCACA